AUGGCCCCCAUCGUCGACUAUCGCGGGCACAUAUCCCAUCCGUUUCUCCAACAUCUCGUCGCCCUCCUCUCCGUCUACGAACUCGGCCCUCUCUCCUCCCCCACCCCCAAGUAUGACGGCCCCUCCGACUGGCAGACCGACAGCAUCCUGCGUUCCCUUGGCGCCAUGGCCCGCCGCAUGUACACCGCCGAGGAGGCCCUCUCGUCCAUCAGAGCCUCCGAAACCUGCGGCCCAGAGUCCAAGAAGAGGCGCAGCGUCGGCGACAGCCCUUCCGUCAGCAGCGCCAGCUCCUCCACCUCCCGCAGCGACCCCGCCGAGUUCAGCAGCUCCAUCAAUCACACCGCAACCACCUCGUCCCCCUUCUUCGUCGCCACCCCGACGAGCUCCGUAGAGAGUAUCCCCAGCACCCUGUCCACCAAGGACAUCGACAUGGCCGACAUCAACGACCUCGACAGCGAGCCCACCCCCUCCGCCCACCACCCCCGCACAGGCCGCUCCUCCAAGCGCACCCCCUCCCCCAUGACCAUCUCCCUCGACGGCGUCGUCAACCCCCUCGAGUCCCAGUCCGUAUACCGAUCAGCCGCUAACGGCUCUGUCUCUGCCCCGCCCUCCUCCUACGCCGACCACAUCUCGUGCCCGAGCUGCGGCAAGACCAUCACCGACACCGCCACCAUCUCCAAGGUCACCACUCUCGCCGGCGAGCCCAUCAGCUCCCCCCUCGUCGUCCCCCCCGGUCCCCUCGCCGCUGCAGCAUUCGAGAGCGGCAUGAGCGCCGUCGAGGAGCUCAAGCUCUUAAAGGCACAGGUCCAAGACGUCGCCCGGGUGUGCAACGCCGUCGCGCGCGGCGACUUGUCUCAGAAAAUUACGGUCCCCGUUCAGGGUGUAGUCAUGGUUCAGCUCAAGGAGGUCAUCAACGCUAUGGUGGACAAAUUGGGCCAAUUCGCCAAGGAGGUUACUCGUGUCAGCCAGGAAGUCGGAACGGAAGGUAAACUGGGCGGACAAGCGCUGGUUCUGGACGUCGAAGGUACAUGGCGCGAAUUGACUGGUGUGGUCAACAAACUGGCGGCAAACUUGACGAAUCAGGUACGGUCUAUCGCAAAGGUCACGAAAGCUGUCGCGUUGGGCGACUUGUCGAAGCAAAUCGAGGUCGACGCGCGCGGCGAAAUACUGGAACUGAAAAACACGGUCAACGGCAUGGUCGUCCGGCUACGGACAUUAGCGGCAGAGGUCACUCGGGUCACGUUGGAAGUCGGGUCAAAGGGUAAACUGGGAGGUCAGGUGCACGUACCGGACGUCGAGGGAGUGUGGUUGGAGCUGACACGGAACGUCAAUCGAAUGUGUUCUAGCUUGACGGACCAGGUACGGUCGAUUGCCAAGGUCACCACGGCGGUCGCCAAGGGCGACUUGACGCAGAAGAUCGAAAUCGAGGUCGAGGGUGAGAUGCUGACCUUGAAGCGUACCGUCAACUCCAUGGUGGACCAGUUGAGCGCGUUCGCGUCCGAGGUCACCCGUGUCGCUCUGGAGGUCGGUACCCAAGGUAUCUUGGGAGGUCAAGCUAGGGUCGAAGGCGUUCAGGGUACAUGGGCCGACUUGACGAGGAACGUCAACAAAAUGGCGACCAAUCUGACGGAUCAAGUGCGCUCGAUCUCUGAGGUCACAAAGGCCGUCGCGAACGGAGACCUGAGCCGGACCGUCAACGUCGAUGUCCAGGGCGAGAUGUUAGACCUGAAGACGACCGUCAACCAGAUGGUGGCCCGGUUGUCCACCCUCGCCAGCGAAGUCACACGUGUGUCGUUGGAGGUCGGCACGGAGGGUAUCAUGGGCGGUCAGGCGUAUGUGCCCGAUGUCCAGGGCAUGUGGAAGGUCCUGUCGGACAACGUCAACUUGAUGGCCAUGAACUUGACGAACCAGGUGCGCUCCAUCGCCGAGGUCACGAAGGCGGUCGCGGGCGGAGACUUGACGAAGCGCAUCACCGUCGACGUGCGCGGCGAGAUGCUGGAUUUGAAGAAGACGGUCAACGGCAUGACGGAGAGUUUGAGCGUCUUUGCCGAUGAGGUCACUCGAGUGGCGAAGGAAGUCGGCACGGAGGGCAAAUUGGGCGGUCAGGCUCGUGUCACUGGCGUCGGCGGCACAUGGAAGGUCGGUCUUCUCAUGAGAUCUAUUGGCGCCAGGCUCAACGAUAGGGCACAGGACUUGACGGACAACGUCAACGUUAUGGCGGCUAAUUUGACGUUACAAGUGCGAACCAUCGCAGUGGCAACGCGCGCGGUCGCUCGAGGUGACUUGACGAGGAAAGUCACGGGUGUCUCGGUCUCUGGAGAGAUGCUUGACUUGGUGAACACCAUCAACUCUAUGAUCGACCAAUUGGCCAUCUUUGCUGCGGAAGUCAAGAAAGUGGCUAGGGAAGUCGGAACCGAGGGCAAACUGGGGGGUCAAGCUGAGGUUGGGAACGUCGAGGGUAUCUGGCAGGACAUCACGAUGUCCGUGAACACCAUGGCGAGCAAUUUGACGACCCAGGUCCGUGGCUUUGCGCAGAUCUCGGCCGCAGCCAUGGACGGGGACUUUAGUCGGUUCAUCACCGUGGAGGCCAGUGGCGAAAUGGACUCUUUGAAGACCCAGAUCAACCAGAUGGUGUUCAACUUGCGAGACAGUAUACAGAAGAACACCGCCGCUAGGGAGGCUGCCGAAUUGGCGAACAGGAGCAAGUCCGAGUUCUUGGCCAACAUGUCUCACGAGAUCAGGACGCCCAUGAACGGUAUCAUUGGUAUGACGGAGCUCACGCUCGACAGCGACUUGAAUCGCUCGCAGCGCGAGAGCUUGUUGUUAGUCCACAGCCUGGCCCGUUCGUUAUUAUUGAUCAUCGAUGAUAUUUUGGAUAUCUCGAAGAUCGAGGCCGGUCGUAUGACCAUGGAGCAGGUGUCGUAUUCCUUGCGCCAGACCGUGUUUGGGAUCCUGAAGACAUUGGUGGUCCGAGCAUCCCAGAAUCAGCUGGACCUUACGUACGACGUCGAUCCGGAGAUCCCAGACCAGCUUAUCGGCGAUUCUCUCCGUUUAAGACAGGUCAUCACGAACCUGGUCGGCAACGCUAUCAAAUUCACGCCGUCGAAGGUGUCUCGGAAGGGCCACGUCGCGUUGAGCUGCAGGCUGCUCGCGAUGGACGACAUGAACGUCACCCUCGAGUUUUGCGUCUCGGACACGGGUAUCGGUAUUGCGAAGGACAAGCUGACCAUGAUCUUCGACACGUUCUGUCAGGCGGACGGCUCGACGACACGAGAAUACGGUGGUACCGGUCUUGGAUUAUCGAUCUCCAAGCGCCUUGUCACCCUGAUGCAAGGCAACAUGUGGGUCGAGUCGGAGGUCAGCAACGGCUCGAAGUUCUUCUUCACCAUCACCUCCCAGAUCAGCCCCAUGUCGAUGGAGGCGACGCUUGGCAAGAUGCAGCCGUUCGCGAAACGCAACAUCUUGUUCGUCGACACGCUGCACGACCAAACUGGGGUGGUGCAGCGAAUCCUGGAGCUCGGCUUACGGCCCUACGUCGUACACGACGUCUGCGAAGUCGCCGACAAGGCGACGUGCCCGCACAUUGACACCAUCGUUGUGGACUCGCUCAUGGUGACGGAGAGCUUGAGAGAAUACGAGCACCUGCGAUAUAUUCCUGUCGUGCUCCUUACUCCGCAAUCCGCGCCUAGGCUGAACCUGAAAUGGUGCCUAGACAACAGCAUCUCCUCACAAGUCACUACCCCCGUCUCCGCACAAGACCUGGCGUCGGCUCUCAUCUCCGCAUUAGAAUCGAACACGGUGACGCCAGUCGUCGCCGAGAACGACGUGCCGUACGAUAUCCUCAUCGCGGAAGACAACCUCGUCAACCAGAAGCUGGCGGUGAAGAUUUUGGAGAAGUAUGGACACCAGGUCGAGAUUGCGGAGAACGGGCAGCUGGCCGUGGACGCGUUCAAGGCGCGCAUACAGAGGAACAGGCCGUUCGACAUCAUCCUCAUGGACGUGUCGAUGCCGUUCAUGGGCGGUAUGGAGGCUACAGAGCACAUCCGCGCGUAUGAGACGUCGCACGGGCUGGACCCUGUGCCCAUCAUUGCGUUAACAGCACAUGCCAUGAUUGGCGACAGAGAAAGAUGUUUGCAAGCCGGAAUGGAUGACCACAUCACGAAACCAUUAAGGCGGAACGACCUCAUCAAUGCCAUCAACAAGCUUGCAGGCGAGCGCAAGGCGCACAUGGCACGGAACAGGGUACACCACCGAUCAGCUCUGCCCAUCGCUGCGAUGCUCCGGGAGUGGCGGUGA